GGGAACAGACUAUAGCAUCGAUAGACAUAGGAAACUUCCGCUAAUUGUGACAGUCCCUCACUCAGUUUUGAAGUUGGUAGUCAACGCGUGUUACCAUCAAUGAUGUAAUUCCCUUUAUUACCAAACCACCAUGUCGAUACCACCUAUGCCUCAGCCUCCCUCGCAGUCAUCGUCGUCGCCAUCGUCGUCAUCGUCGCCGUCGCUCCGCCGUAAAAUUACCCUCCUCGAUGGUGCCCAGAUUCCCUGGCUAGGCUGGGGAAAUGGCUCUGGUGAUGCAAAGAAAACCGCCCUCGAGUCGGGCAGCGAAGCCCUACGCGUUGGGAUCCGCCACAUCGACACCGCUCAGAAUUAUCGCAAUGAAGCCAAUACGGGCGAGGUCAUCGCGAAAUCUGGUGUCGGGAAAGAGGCUAUCUGGGUUACCAGCAAGAUCUCCGAACGCCCGCCGCCGCCUGAUUCCAAGGGCACAGAGAACGUUCCUGUUCCCCUCACCGAAGUUCGUGCAUCCAUCGACGAGUCUCUCACUAAACUUGGCUUUAUUCCCGAUCUCUUCCUCAUCCACAAUCCCUACGUUGCCGAGGACCAAGACGUGUCUCUCAAAAAGUUGUGGCAAAUUCUUGAGGAUCUCAAGGAUGAAGGAAAGCUAAGGAGCAUUGGAGUUAGUAAUUUCCGUCCCCAGGAUCUCAAGGUCGUUCUCGAAGGCGCCCGUCACAAGCCUGUCGUUAAUCAGCUUGAGUACCAUCCUUACGUGCUUGCCCAUCUCGAGCCCGUCCUUGCUAUCCAGAAGGAACACGGCAUCGUCACGGAAGCCUAUGGUCCUCUUACCCCGGCCAUUCGUCAUCCCACAGGUGGACCUCUGCAGCCCAUCCUGAUGCGGAUCGCACAGCGUUUGAACAAGGACAACGCGUCUCUGAUCAAAGCCUCCUCCGCGGUCGACCCGGGUUUUAUCUCUGCACCUUUCGACCCCUCCGCGGUGCUUCUCCUAUGGGUCCGAGCUAUGGGCGUGGUCGCUGUAACUGCAUCUGGAAACAAAGGCCGCAUUCGCCGUCUUGCCGAGAUUUCCUAUCUCCCAGAAGGACUGCUCAAUCCAGAAGAAGUGCAGGAGAUCUCCGACGUGGGAAAGACGGUACAUUGGCGUUAUUAUACCGAGCAUAUGGAAAAGGACUUCCCGCUCCCUGAACUCCCUACCGGUCUUUGAAGCAUAAUUAGAAAGUGAUUGAAGUGUAUAGAAGUGUAUUCGCAUCGAGGUCAAUUGCAAGCAAAAGGCGAAGAUCAGAAUUUCUUUGAAGGGGUUGUAGUCAUGUCGACAAAACAUUAGAGACAAUCAAAAAAACCUCCAUCGCCGAGAAGUGAACCUCCCAAACGGUGCUGAUAGAGUGAUUUUUAGCAGUUCACAGACGUCCGAAGGACGCCCACUGUCCAGGAUCCCGAUCAUAG